GCAAGUUUAGUUCACAACCGCACAACAUGGCACCUCCUCAGGGAAAGCCCGAAAAUGUGCUAAGACUUGCCGAUGAGCUUAUUGCUCUUGAUCAGCAUGGGUCUGCACUCCAGUCCCUUCACGAGACCAUCGUCUUGAAAAGGUCCAGAAAUGCCCAAGGCUUUUCUUUGGAACCUAUCAUGAUUCGCUUUAUUGAACUUUGUGUCUUUUUACGUAAAGGUAAAGUCGCCAAAGAGGGUCUCUACAUGUACAAGAAUGCUGUACAAAACACCUCGGUGACCGCCAUUGAAAAUGUCGUGAAGCGCUUCAUUGAGUUGGCCAACGAAAAGGUUCAAGAAGCUCAAGCUAAAGCUGACAAGAUUUCUCUUGAAUAUGUCGAUGAUUUGGAGGCUACUGAGACUCCCGAAAGCAUCAUGAUGUCUUUCGUCUCAGGUGAAAUGUCCAAGACCCGUACGGACCGUGCUUUGGUCACUCCCUGGCUCAAGUUCCUUUGGGAUGCUUAUCGUACUGUCCUUGACAUUUUGCGGAAUAAUGCUCGCUUGGAAGUCAUGUAUCAACUAAUUGCCAACUCGGCCUUCCAAUUCUGCUUAAAGUAUCAACGCAAGACUGAAUUCCGUCGUCUUUGUGAAUUAUUGCGUUCUCACCUUGGAAAUGCCUCCAAAUUCUCUAAUGCGCCUCAUUCAAUCAAUUUGAACGAUGCUGAGACCAUGCAACGUCAUUUAGACAUGCGUUUCUCUCAACUCAACGUAGCUGUCGAGUUGGAGCUUUGGCAGGAGGCUUUCCGCUCAAUUGAGGAUAUUCACAGUCUUUUAACAUUCUCCAAGCGUGCCCCUUCCCCUGUCAUGCUCGGAAAUUAUUACCGCAAACUUAUCAAGAUUUUCUUGGUUUGCGACAACUACUUGUUGCAUGCUGCUGCUUGGAACAGAUACUUUACCUUUACAAAUGUUCAAAAGCCUGCUACUGCUAACUUUGUUAUCCUCAGUGCUUUGUCAAUUCCUAUUAUUGAUGCCACUAGAUUUUCAGGUCCUCCCCUGGACGCCGAAGAUGCUAAAAACAAAAACGCUCGUUUGGCCAUUUUGCUCAACAUGUCUAAAGCCCCCAAUCGUGAGGCUUUGGUUAAGGAUGCUGUUAACCGUAAUGUUUUGAACUACUGUGAUCCCGCUAUCCGCGAUCUUUACAGAAUUUUGGAAGUCGAUUUCCACCCUUUAAGUAUCUGCAAGAAGUUGCAGCCUAUUUUGAAGAAAUUGGCUGAGAACACUGAUACCGCUCAAUACAUUCGUCCCUUACAACAAGUUAUCCUUACUCGUCUUUUCCAACAACUCUCCCAAGUUUAUGAUGCUGUUUCCCUUAAAUUCGUUAUGGAUUUGGCUACUUUUGAUGAACCUUACUCUUGCACCUCUGGUCAGAUUGAAAAAUUUAUAAUGAACGGCAACAAAAAGGGUGCUUUUUCCGUUCGUGUCAAUCACAUCGAAAGCUCAAUUACUUUUGCAUCUGAUCUUUUCACUAGUCCAGUAAGCUCUCAGGUGGACACUACAUCUUUACAAUCCACCCCUGCAGAACUGAUUACAAAUCAACUUUCUCGUAUUGCGAAAUCGCUUACUAGUGUCUUGAUGCGUUUUGAUACUGACUUUUGCCUUCUUCGUAAGCAACAAUCUGAAGCUGCUUAUGACCGUGCUUUAGCUGGUGUUGAGCAAGAGAGAAAGGCUGUUAUCGCUCAGCGUAGCUUGCUUGAGUUACGUCGCGGUCAAGCUGAUACCUUGGCUACUCAGCGUGAAGCUGAACUCGCCGCUCAACGUGCUCUUAAGCAAAAACAAGAAGCCGAGGCUGAAUCUCGCCGUGUUCAAGAUGAAGUUAUGAAACGUAAUGCUGACAGAAUUCGCCGUGAAAAGGAAGCUAUUCGUAUUGAAGAAGCUAAGAAACUGGCUGACGAACUUAAGGCCAAGGGUGGAUUGGAAGUCGAUGCUGAAGAGUUGGAACACUUGGAUGCUGAUAAAUUGAGAGCUAUGCAAAUCGAACAGGUCGAGAAACAAAAUAGAAGCAUGAAUGAGCGACUUCGUGUUAUCGGUAAGCGUAUUGAUCAUUUGGAACGUGCCUAUCGUCGUGAAGCUAUUCCCCUGUUGCAGGAGGAUGCAAGGAAACAAGUCGAACAAGAUCGUAAAACCUUCAUUGAAAGAGAGAAGCAGCGUAGAGAGAUCCAAGAACGCAAGCAUGAAGAAGCUUUGGAAGACAAGAAACUGUUUUCUAAGUUUGCUUCAUAUAUUCACGAUUACAAACAAAGCAUUGAUGAUGAACGUGAAAAAGCCUAUCAAGAAGCUUAUGCUCGUGCUAAGGAUGUUAUAGAAGCUGAACGUGAAAAACAAUACGAGAUGAUUUACGAACAGAAGUUAGCUGAUGCAAUUGCUGAGGCUGAAGAAGAAGCUACUAAAGCCGCUGAAGAAGAAGAAACGCGUGAGCGCAGAGAACAAGAAGAAAGUCAACAUAAGGCCGUAGAAGAAAACGCUCGUGCUUCUAAAGAAGCCAAGGAGCGUGAACAACAGGAAAUGAGCGAGAAACUUGAACGUCAACGAGUGAUGCAAAUGAAGCGUGAAGAAGACGCUGCUCGGAAGAUUGCUGCCAAGAAAGCUAACUUGGGCUUAGCUUCUCAAAGUCCUCCACCCGUAACUGCAUGGAAACGUGGUGGUGCUACCGCUGGUGGUGGUCAAAGAUACGUUCCUCCUCGUGCUCGCGGUGCCGGUGCCAGUGCUGACACUUCUCGUGAAUCCGUGACACCUCCUAAAGGAGGAGCCUACGUUCCUCCUAGCAAACGCCAACAACAGCAGUAGAUUACUACUGUCAUUAGGGUUGCAUAAAAAUGUAGGGCUUAAUAAAUUGUCUCCGAGCGGAGAAGGAAUUUUGAAAUAUUAAAAUGCAGAAUGCAUUUUCUGUUUGUUAUUAGGUUUGAACUGAAUCACUGAUACUCUAAUAAAUAAAUCAUUUUCAGAUUUAAUACAUACUUAUAUCAGCUAGGAAAAAGCGUUCGUAGAACAAC